AUGAGUAGAUACUAUUCACUUGAACACAACACUGAUGCGAUCCCUCCUAAUGAUACCAUCCACUGUCAUACUUAUGGGUGCAGAAUGCUCGUUGCAUUUUUCAACGAUUAUAUUCCGAGGAUAUUUGUAUUUCAGCACUACUCUGUUAUAUUUCAGCAACUCAUUUUCUUGUCUUGUAGACUCAAUCAGGAGGACUGGGUAAACCGUGAUUUACCCUGUUGGAACACUUACUGUAGCCAAUGUGAAAAUAUGAUAGGGUGGAAAAUGAUUGCAGUCACCCAACCGUCAAAGUAUAUUACACAAGGGAGAUUCGUUAUGAAAUUGGACAAGCUUAGAAUUUCAAAUAAUGAACGGUUGAUUCGUCCAAUCCAGGAACAAAAUUUCCGCGCUAAUGAGGAAAAUGCAGAUCAAGAUGGAGAAACAAGUGAGGGAUAUGGAGACUCUACUGAACAAGAAGUGGGCUCUGAUGAGCAAAAUGGAGACUCUACUGAUCAAGAUGGAGACACGGCUGAUCAAGGUUUAGGCGCUAAUGAGCAAAAUAUUGAUCAAGAUGGAGACUCAGUUGAAGAAGAUGAUGGCGCUAUUUCUAAUUACUUGAAGCAUCUCCGCAGUAAAAAUGCUAAUCAAGAUGGAGGCGCUAAUGAGCAAAAUGCUGAUCAAGUUGUAGGAGCCAAUGAGCAAAAUGCUGAUCAAGUUGUAGGAGCUAAUGAGCAAAAUGUUGAUCAAGAUGGAAGUGCUAAUGAGCAAAAUGCUGAUCAACAUGGAGGCACUAAUGAACAGAAUCAUGAUCAAGGUGGAGGCGCUAAUGAGCAAAAUGCUGAUCAACAUGGAGGCGCUAAUGAGCAAAAUGCUGAUCAACAUGGAGGCGCUAAUGGACAGAAUCGUGAUCAAGAUGGAGUCCCGCCAACGAAACGAAGGAAGAUAUAG